AUGAACAGCAGCGGCCAACUGUUGCUUAGUUUUUGUGCACAAUUAGAUCUUGCUAUUACAAAUACUAUGUUCAGAUUACCUGCCAAGUACAAGGCAACGUGGAUGCACCCCAGAUCGAAGCAUUGGCGCCUUAUCGAUUACGCUAUCGUGCGUCAAAAAGACAUCUCUCAAGUCCUAGUCACCCGUGUCAUGCGUGGUGCUCACUGUUGGACUGAUCACAGGCUUGUUGUUAUUAAAUUAAGUCUUCGUCUUCCACGUCCUUGUAGAUCUGAAAGAUCUAAACAGAUACGUCUGAACCUUGAACGACUCCAAGAUACUAACACGAGGGCUAAAUAUGCCGAAACCUUGAGCACUGCUCUGCAGCCCCUCGACCUAAAAUCAGGUGAGAUCAAUACUGUCUGGGAGUCUCUAUCUUCUACUGUUCUCGACACUGCCAAAGGUAUGAGAGUUCGAAAACAUGAGGACUAG